GAGGAGGCUGUGUCCCGGCUGCUGGUCUCGGCCGGAUGCGGCCGCCCAGAGUCCCCCUGAAGCUCUUCGUGCCUCCCCGCCCCCCCGGAGUUAUCCCCGUGUCCCCAUCAUAGCCCUGAACUGUCCCAUGUCCCCUCUGGACUGUCCUCAUCGUCCCUUCGAGCUGUCCCCAUGGUCCUCCUGGGUUGUUGGUGUCUCCUCUGGGUUGCCCUCACGUAUUCCCGGCCCGUCCGCCUCCCGGUGACUCCGCACCCCGCCCAGAGAGGGGCUCCGUGCGGCCGAACCGGGCUGGGGGGCACGGGGUUGAAGGGCACCGGGGCCGGGAGCUGCAGCUGGUCCGGCGGUUGCCGGAGUCGCGGGGUCCGCCGAGCUCCCGCUUGCAGCGAUGCGGUGUGUUUGUCCACGUGAGAUGAGUGAGCAGAUUCCCACGCGAGUCCCCCGGGAGGAUCCAGGGAUUCUGUGGUUGUUUUGUCCCGAAAGGAGCCGCCGCCCCCGCCGGGCUGGGGCUCCCCCUGACUGACAGUUCCGCAGCACCCUCCGGUUCCAGCGGAUGCGGACAGACACCUCUGUCACCCCCACCCCGGCAGCUGCUUCUUUCUCUCCGUGUCACCCCAUCCGACCCCGGUGCAUCCCCGGAGGAAUCCUGGCCCCGGACCCACUCGUGUCCGGCCCCGCAGGCCGAUUAGGCGGAUUUCCUAAUCCCGCUGCCCCGUGCCCGCUUAUCCCGGCUGCGCCCGGGACCCGGCUUAGCCCCAGGCGCGGGCGGGUGGCGGCGAGCGCGGGUCGGCGGGAAAGAAUGUGAUUUGAGCCUUUAGCUCCGGAAAGGAGCUUUGCUGCAGGAAUGCCGGCCGGCUCCUGCCGGCCCCGGAGCUCAGCCCUGUGCCCGGCACCGUGCCCAGGGUGUGAUAAGCUCCGAAGCCGAGGGAAGUGAGAGCCCAGCCGUCGCCCUCAGCUUGGGGCUGUCCCCCCUGCUCUCACCCGCAGCCGGAGCUGAGCGGGGCCCGCGACCCCCGCGAUGGCCGUGGGCACCCAGCUGGGGCUGCUGCUCUGGAAGAACUUCACCUACCGCCGGCGGCAGCGGAUCCAGCUGGCUAUCGAGAUCCUGUGGCCCCUCUUCCUCUUCCUUAUCCUGAUCUCAGUGCGGCGAUCCCACCCACCCUUCAAGCAGCACGAGUGCCACUUUCCCAACAAGGCGCUGCCGUCGGCGGGGACCCUGCCCUGGCUGCAGGGCAUCAUCUGCAACAUGAACAACCCCUGCUUCCGGCACCCCACGGCGGGAGAGGCGCCCGGCGUGGUGGGCAACUUCGACGGCUCCAUCCUCUCCCGCCUCCUGAGCGAAGCCCGGCAGGUCCUGCUCCGCGGCCACGGGCAGCGCCUCCUGCGCAGCUUCGCCCGUCUCCUGCCCGCCCUGCGCCGGCUCCGGGACAGCGGGAAUCAGCGGAGGGCUCUGCCGGUGAGGGAAUACUUGAGAGAGGACGAGACUUUCUCCCAGUUCCUUCGGACCAACACAUCUCUGCCCCCGGAGCUGGUGGAUGAGCUGAUGGGGGCUCGGCUCAGCCCCCGUAUCUUCUCCCUGGAGAGCAUUCGCCUCCCGCUAAAGACCCUGGUCUGCAACGCCUCGGUCCUGGGGGGUUUCCUGGUGGGCGGCGACGCCGGCUCCACCCAGAGCCUGCAGCAAGGGCUCUGCGCACUACCCAGCUCCCAGCUCCGUGCCAUGGAGGGCUCCUUCCUCUCCCAGAUGGACUUCCCACGACUCCUGACGGAGCAGCUGAGCUCAGACUUGGGCGGAAUCACUGGCACCGUGGAAGCUUUGGGCAGCUUCCUGCGGGAUGCAGCAUCCCUGAUGGAGGAGGUCUCCUCCAUGACCAGCCUGGCCGAGCUGCGUCAGGAGCUUGUGGGGCUGAGGGCCCCCAACACCAGCACGGGUGCCUUCACCGCGCUGUCACGCAUCGCCUGCGGCCACCCCGAGGGCGGGGGGCUCAGGAUCCCCUCCCUCAACUGGUACGAGGACAACGACGUCAAAGCCUUCCUGGACCGCAACAGCUCUGAGCAGAGACCUGUGGCCUCAGGCAGCACCAGUCCCUUCUGCCGGGAGCUGCUCCUCAGCCUGGAGUCCAGCCCCCUCUCACAGAUCUUCUGGCGGGGAAUCAAGCCCCUCUUUGUGGGGAAGAUCCUGUACACACCACCCGGGCCUGGCCCUGACAGGGUCAUGGCUGAGGUGAAUCGGACCUUCCGGGAGCUGGCAGUGCUGGGGGAACUGGGGGGUGCCUGGCAGGAGCUGGGACCCCGAAUUUACACCAUCCUCAACAGCAGCCUGGAGAUGCAGGUGCUCCAGGACCUGCUGCUGGCCCCAAGCACAGCCCAGCUCCUGGAUGGGUUCCUCAAUGGCACCUCCUGGAAGCUGCCAGAGCUGGCCACAUUCCUGGCCGGGCCAGUGGGGGGACCAGGCCUUACCUGGCACCAGGUGUAUGCUGAUGUGGACGCAGUCCUGAGGACGCUGUCACAGUUCAUGGAGUGUGUCUGCCUGGACAAGAUCGAGGCAGUGGCCACUGAGGACCAGCUGGUAGCCCGGGCCCUGGAGCUGCUGGAGGAGCAGCAGUUUUGGGCAGCAGUGGUCUUCCAGCCCCCCAUCAACGCCACGGCCCCCGGACUGCCACCCCACGUCCGCUACAAGAUCCGCAUGGACAUCGACGAUGUCACGAGGACCAACAAGAUCAAGGACAGGUUUUGGGACCCAGGCCCUGCAGCUGAUCCCUUCAGUGACUUGCGCUACGUCUGGGGGGGCUUCGUCUACAUUCAGGACCUGGUGGAGCAGGCGGUGGUGCGAGUACAGACUGGGGCUGCCCCACAGACUGGGGUCUACGUCCAGCAGAUGCCCUACCCCUGCUAUGUGGACGAUGUGUUCCUGAGGGUCUUGAAUCGCUCGCUGCCUCUCUUCAUGACGCUGGCCUGGAUCUACUCCGUGGCCAUGAUCAUCAAGGGGGUGGUGCACGAGAAGGAGACGCGUCUCAAGGAGACCAUGAAGACCAUGGGGCUGAGCAGCGGGAUCCUCUGGCUCAGCUGGUUCCUCAGCAGCUUCAUCCCCUUCCUCCUCAGCUCCGCCCUCCUUGUCCUCAUCCUGAAGCUGGGAAACAUCCUGCCCUACAGUGACCCAGCAGUCAUCUUCCUCUUCCUCGGCACCUUCUCGGUGGCCACCAUCAGCCAGUGCUUCCUCAUCAGCACCUUCUUCCCCCGUGCCAACCUGGCCUCGGCGUGCGGUGGCAUCAUUUACUUCUCGCUGUACCUGCCCUACGUGCUGUGCGUCGCCUGGCGCGACUACAUCACCUUCCCCAUCCGUGUCCUUGUGAGCCUGCUGUCCCCCGUGGCCUUCGGCUUCGGCUGUGAUUACUUCUCCCUCUAUGAGGAGCAGGGCGUGGGCAUCCAGUGGUACAACCUGGCUGCCAGCCCUGUGCCAGGUGACCCGUACAGCUUUGCUGCAGCCAUGGGGCUGCUGCUGCUGGACGCUGUCCUCUAUGGCCUGGCCACCUGGUACCUCGAGGGCGUCUUCCCAGGUCAGUAUGGGAUUCCCAAGCCCUGGAAUUUCCCCUUCCUGAAGAGCUACUGGUUUGGAGAGUCAUCCUCAUCUGGACACUCCCUGUACCAUGCUGCACCCCACACUGCACCCCAGGUGCUGGUGGAGGAGCCGCCUGCCGAACUCCAGCCCGGUGUCUCCAUCCGCAACCUGGUGAAGGUCUAUGGCAGCAGCGGCCGUGUGGCUGUCAAUGGGCUGAGCCUGGACUUCUACGAGGGGCAGAUCACGUCCUUCCUGGGCCACAACGGCGCUGGAAAGACCACCACCAUGUCCAUCCUGACCGGCCUCCUGCCCCCCACCUCGGGCACUGCCUAUAUCCUGGGCUGGGACAUCCGCUCCGAUAUCGACAGCAUCCGCAAAUCCAUGGGGAUGUGCCCCCAGCACAACGUGCUCUUCGACAUCCUGACGGUGGAGGAGCACAUCUGGUUCUACGGGCGGCUGAAGGGGCUCUCGGAGCAGCAGGUGCAGGAGGAGAUGGAGCAGCUGCUCCAGGACACGGGGCUGCUGCACAAACGCCGGGAGCAGACCAGGAACCUCUCAGGCGGGAUGCAGCGCAAGCUCUCGGUGGCCAUCGCCUUCGUGGGUGGCUCCCGGGUGGUCAUCCUGGACGAGCCCACGGCCGGAGUCGACCCCUUCUCCCGCCGCAGCAUCUGGGAGCUGCUGCUCAAAUACCGCAAAGGCCGCACCAUCAUCCUGUCCACCCACUACAUGGACGAGGCGGAGCUGCUGGGGGACCGCACCGCCAUCAUCUCACAGGGCCGGCUCUGCUGCUGCGGGUCCCCCCUGUUCCUCAAGGCCAGGCUUGGCACCGGCUACCACCUCACCCUGGUGAAGCGGGAGAGGAGCGGGACAGGCGGCAGCACUGGCACUGUCCCCGGUGUCACCAAAAAGGAUGGCAGUGACUCAGAGCACAGCAGUGACACGGGCCUGGGCAGCGAGCGGGGCAGUGACGCCAGCGCCGUGGAUGUGGCCCAGCUGUCGGCGCUGAUCCAGAAGCUGGUCCCUGGCUCCCGGCUGGUGGAGGACAUCGGGCACGAGGUGCUCUUUGUCCUGCCCUACAGCGGGGCCAGGGACGGGGCCUUCGGGGAGCUGUUCCGCGAGCUGGACGCACACCUGGGGGAGCUGGGGAUCUCCAGCUAUGGCAUCUCUGAUACCACCCUGGAAGAGAUCUUCCUGAAGGUGGCCGAGGACACCGCCCUGGACACUGACACCACAGGCACCGUGAAAGGAGCAGUCCCUGGCGAGACAGGGGAUGGAGAUGUGGCCGAUGGAGAGUUGGCGGAGGAGCCCCGGGAGACGGACCUGCUGCGGGGGGCGGCGGGGCAGGCCUGCGGCAGGGUGAGGGGCUGGGCGCUCACCGGCCGCCAGCUCCGCGCUCUCUUCACCAAGAGGAUGCUCCACGCUCGGCGCAGCACCCGCGGCUUCUUCGCGCAGAUCGUCCUCCCCGCCGUGUUCGUGUGCAUCGCGCUGCUCUUCAGCCUCAUCGUGCCGCCCUUCGGGAAGUACCCGCCGCUGCAGCUCCAGCCCUGGAUGUACGGGCAGCAGUUCACCUUUUUCAGCAACGACGCCCCGGGAGACCCCGACACAGCCCGGCUGCUGGACGCGCUCCUGGCUGAGCCCGGCUUCGGCACCAAGUGCAUGAAGGAGGAGGGGAAGGCGACAGGGCUGUGCCCCCCAGCUUCCCACCCCGACGGCUUCUCGACCCCUGCAGCCCCCCCAGCCCUGCUGGAAGCGCUGCGGCGUGGGAACUGGACACAGGCCCAGCCGUCCCCCCCCUGCCAGUGCAGCGGGCCAGGGGCACACAGGAUGCUGCCUGAGUGUCCUGAGGGGGCCGGGGGGCUCCCACCACCCCAGGUGCAGAGGGGCACAGGAGACAUCCUUCAGAACCUGACGGGCAGGAACAUCUCUGACUACCUGGUGAAGACCUAUCCCCAGAUCAUCCGUCAGGAGCUGAGGAACAAGAAGUGGGUGAAUGAGCAGAGGUACGGCGGCUUCUCCCUGGGUGCCGGCAGCUCCCAGGCCCUGCCCUCAGCAGCGGAGGUGGAUCAGGCAGCACUGGAGCUCCGUGUGCUGCUCAACAUCACCCCGGGCGGCCCCUCCGACCGGCUCCUGGCCAACCUCAGCCGCUUCAUCGAGGGUUUGGAUGCCCGCAGGAAUAUCAAGGUCUGGUUCAACAACAAGGGCUGGCACGCCAUGGUCUCAUUCCUCAACGUGGCCAGCAAUGGGCUACUGCGAGCCCGGCUGCCCCCCGGCACUGACCCCGCGCGCUUCGGCAUCACGGCCACCAACCACCCCCUCAACCUCACCAAGGAGCAGCUCUCCGAGGCCGCCCUGAUGGCCACCUCUGUGGACGUGCUGGUCUCCAUCUGCGUGAUCUUCGCCAUGUCCUUCAUCCCAGCCAGCUUCGUGGUCUUCCUCAUUGAGGAGCGGGUCAGCAAGGCCAAGCACCUUCAGUUCGUCAGCGGGAUGAAGCCCAUCACCUACUGGCUGGGCAACUUUGCCUGGGACAUGUGCAACUACCUGGUCCCCGCGCUGCUGGUGAUCCUCAUCUUCCUCUGCUUCCAGCAGGAAUCCUACGUGUCCUCGGCCAACCUGCCCUCCCUGGUGCUGCUGCUGCUGCUCUACGGAUGGUCCAUCACCCCCCUGAUGUAUCCAGCCUCCUUCCUCUUCAGCAUCCCCAGCACCGCCUACGUGGCCCUGACCUGCAUCAACCUCUUCAUCGGCAUCAACGGCAGCGUGGCCACCUUUGUGCUGGAGCUCUUUGUGGACCAGAACCUCAAUGACAUCAACCGCGUCCUGAAGAAGGUUUUCCUCAUCUUCCCCCACUUCUGCUUGGGCCGAGGCCUCAUUGACAUGGUGAAGAACCAGGCAAUGGCCGAUGCCUUUGAGAGGUUCGGGGACAAGCGCUUCGUGUCCCCCCUGUCCUGGGACCUGGCAGGGAAGAACAUGUUUGCCAUGGCCAUCGAGGGCAUCGUCUUCUUCCUCUUCACCCUCCUGCUGCAGUACCACCGCCUCUUCCUGCGCCUGGGGCCACGAGCUCUGGAGCUGCCCUCGCUGGGGGAUGAGGACAGGGACGUGGCCAGGGAGCGGGCGAGGGUGGGCAGCAUCCCCCCGCACGGCCACCUCCUUCUGCUGAAGGACCUGACCAAGGUGUACCGGCACAGGAAGGCUCCGGCCGUGGACCGGCUCUGUGUGGCCAUCCCCCCUGGGGAGUGCUUUGGCCUCCUGGGGGUGAACGGUGCUGGGAAAACAUCCACCUUCAAGAUGCUGACGGGGGACACAGAGGUGACGCUGGGAGAGGCCUGGCUGAAGGGGCACAGUGUGCUCAGCGACCUCCAGUCUGUCCACCAGCACAUGGGUUACUGCCCCCAGUUUGACGCCAUCACGGACCUGCUGACAGGGCGGGAGCACCUGGAGUUCUACAGCCGCCUGCGUGGGGUCCCGGAGGAGGAGACCCCCAGGGUAGGGCCUGCACCCCGUCCUCCCCAGCCCACGGGGAGCCCCCAGCCUCACCCCCUGUGUCUCUCGCAGGUGGCUCAGUGGGGCAUCACUGCUCUGGGGCUGGGCCCGCACGCAGACCGGCCGGCGGGCAAGUACAGCGGGGGCAACAAGCGCAAGCUCUCCACGGCCAUCGCCCUCCUGGGCUGCCCCCCUGUCGUCUUCCUGGAUGAGCCCACAACGGGGAUGGAUCCACAAGCGCGGAGGUUCCUGUGGGAGCGCAUCCUCGGCGUCAUCCGGGACGGCCGGUCCGUGGUGCUCACGUCCCACAGCAUGGAGGAGUGUGAGGCGCUCUGCACCAGGAUGGCCAUCAUGGUCAACGGCCGGUUCCGCUGCCUGGGCAGCGUCCAGCACCUCAAAAACAGGUUUGGGGAUGGGUACACGGUGGUGGUGCGGGCGGGGGGCCCUGGCCCAGCGGCGGUGCAGACCCUGCUGCAGCAGCACUUCCCCGGCAUCGUGCUGCGGGAGCAGCACGGGGGGCUGCUGCAGUACCACCUGCCCGCCCGUGUCACCUCCCUGGCCACCGUCUUCAGCCUUCUGGCCGCCAACCGGGGUCCCUGCCACAUAGAGGACUACUCAGUGUCCCAGACCACGCUGGACCAGGUCUUCGUGCACUUUGCUCAGGAGCAGAGUGAUGGGGAUGCCGGGGAGGUCACAGCCUCAGGACAGGAUGUGGACCCCAGCCCUGGGAGGAGGCUGAGCAAAUUCCUGGAGGAUGACAGCUAUCAGGAGAGCGCCGUCUGAGUGGGCCAUGGUGUCCCAUGGACCCUCACAGACCCCUCCCUGGUUGUCACCGCAGCACGAGCCAGGGUCACAGGGCUUUGGGGUACUUCAGACCCCCAUGGCUGCACAGAAGAGGUCUGGGCACAUCCUGGUGCCACCAUCCCAGAGGAGAGUCAGAGUGUCGGGACAGGGCUGGCCCCGGCUCCCUGCGGUGGGGUUGAUGCGCUGUGGGGGGCUGAGCUGGAUGAGGGCUCUGGGGCUGGCCUUGGGACCCUGCUGCUCCCCACCGGAGCCGAGCUUGCUGUAACAGAGCAAUUCAAUAAAAAACACGGUACUGCCGGGGGGCCUCGAUUGCACUCACC